CAAAGUAGAACCCACAUUCAAAUAGUAUCGAGAAAUGUUGUUUUAAUAAUGAAAAUGUUGAUUUUCCUUUCAUUUUCUAGUUGGCAUACUUUUCUCCGGGCAUCAAGGAAUAAGUGAAGUAAUAAAACGACCCCAAAAUUUAGAGAGAGAGAGAGAGAGAUCCGAAUAUACCUUCUCUCUCUACUUUCUUAAUUGAAGAAUACGGUCCACCUGCUUUUCUGUCGAAACUCUUUUUAAGUCCCAUGUAUCCUUAGGCAUUUAGACGGGUAGGUAAUGGCUUCUUGAUUUCUUGUUCGCGCCACUGGAAAAUUAACCUAAAAACUAUUUUUCUCUCUCUUAUGCAUACCCCAUCAAGAAAAGCUUUCGGUCAUGGACGAAGACCGGCAAACUCAAGUGCUCAAUGCCCUGAAAGAAGCCUCACACGCUGUGCAAAAAAACCCCUUCUGUGAUAAAGAUUCCGCCAUUAAAGCUCUCCUUCAGUUGCAGAAUGAGGACAUCGCCUCCAUGUUCAAGGACCACAAGCUACUUUCCCUAACCGACCAUCUCUGCAACCUCAAAUCUCUGGUCCACGAGCUCCGAGAGUCGAGAGGGCUGCGCUCUUACCUAAAAUAUAGAGAAAUCUCGCGCUUGGCUGCUUCGAUCGAGUUGGUGAUACAAGCCUGGAUUGAUCGAAAAAACCUAGAUAAGCUCACUAAAACUCUGCAACUUCAAACCCUGUAUCAGCAGAUCAAGCUCCUAGAGGCCUUUGAAUCUAGGCUUUCUCAGGGGUUCGAUGGAGAGCUACAGGACUCGAUUCUGAGAUCAGGUGUCUUUAGGGUUCUGGAAUCGCUGCUCUGCAACCCAAAGCUCGAUAUUAGGGUGAGGGAUCAGGCCGCCUCUGCCAUGGCUGCUCUGGUUCAAUUCAAUAAGGACGUUUUUGUGGGAGAAGUUAUGGCAGGCGGCUACGUUGUCCAGGCUCUUGUUUCCAUGACUUCUGUCAAGGCAAUUAAAGUUCUUUCCAGCUUGAUAAUGGCGAUCAAGAGUCCAUUCGUCGACGAGAUACAUUACCAGGGUGGAAUACAGAGGAUACUAGGAUUUCUUGGUGAUCCGAACAAAGAAAUUAGGGUUUCGGCGAUGGAGUGUGCGAUGGAAAUCGCCUACUAUGGGCGAAAAGAAGCCAUCGAAGCCUUGUUAAAGGGAGGAGUGGUGAAGCGAUUAGUGGAGUUGCAAAAAUCAGCAGAUGAUGAAGAAUUGAAGGCAAUGGAAAUGGAGUUUGCGAAGAGAGAGAAAGCGUUUAGGGGCUGUGUAGCGAGGUUUGCUAUACAAAUGGAGGUGGGUCAAGGGUUGAGGCAGAGAGAGAGGAGGAGUCUUAAGGGGGAGAUGUUAGAGAGAGUGAGAGAAGUUGUGGAAUCCGAGGCAGAGGCGGCCACCAUUGUCGCAGAGAUCUUGUGGGGCUCUACGCCUUAAGAAAUCCCACUGUAAAAAAAAAAAAUUUAUGAAACAUAAAGAUCGGUAAAGGUCUUGGGUA